GGUGGAAUGUCGAAUGGAUAAAGUGGGACCGGUUAUUCGCUACAUCUUUGAUCAGAGACCAUACAAAGGUCGGAUUGUCUCGUGCGAAAGUACAGUUGAUAAAAUGACCUUGCAGGACACCAACUAUUACACUGUUUUGGGGACUGGUAAAAUGUGUGGUAACUACGUCUCUGACAAACUUGUGAAGGUCGUACGAGUACGAGGAAGUGAGGGUUCCGAAUUGCCUUUAAAUGCACUGAUUUCUUCUCACCUUGCAGAAUUAACGUUAUGUAAGUUGGCGACGUUAAUGCAGCAGCGUGAUUUUAAUUUACUCAUAUUGGCCAUCGAGGACGAUCUCAUAUCAAAAGCCCUUGAAGAUCAUUCCUCGUUUGCAUUUUUAAGUGCGGCCUUUGUAAAAGCAAUAAUACCGAAACUCACGGAGCUGAAAAUAACAGCAAAUGCUCCGCCACACCGUUGUGCGUUGAGAGUGCGUCCACAUGAGCGCCCCUUCAAGCCCUGUCUUUUAGAGUGCCUGGAAAAAUUUAAAAAGAAGAUUAAUAUAGAGUAUCGGGUGCUGUACAAACCGGAGGCUCAAAACUUUCCGCUGGUGGACGGCUUUUUCUUUUCGGACUCAAAUCCGAAGACGUUGGUUGGGCUGCGGAUGACGACGGCGGGUGGGCACCACACGACAACCAGCACUGUGCGGCAGUUCACUGAGUGCCUGGCGGCAUAUUUUAAUGGUUGGGAGGAAUUUUCUGAAGGAUUGUCGUGGGAGAUGAUUUAUGUGCAGCACGCAGACAGCACGCCGAUGAUUGAAUGGCAGGGAUGUGAUGUCGUCAAUUCCAAUAAUGUGAGCCGCGCUGAAAACCGAGAGAUUGUGGCGUUCUGGGAGGAGGAGGUGCGCCAGUACCAAGUGUCAAUAUCAUCCAGAGACUUUAAAUAA